CCCCCCCCGCCCCCCACCCCCCCCCCCCCCCACCCCCCCCCCCCCCCACCCCCCCCCCCCCCCACCCCCCCCCCCCCACAUCCCCCCCCCCCCACCACCCCCCCCCCCCCCCACCCCCCCCCCCCCCCACCCCCCCCCCCCCCCACCCCCCCCCCCCCCCACCCCCCCCCCCCCCCACCCCCCCCCCCCCCCACCCCCCCCCCCCCCCACCCCCCCCCCCCCCCACCCCCCCCCCCCCCCACCCCCCCCCCCCCCCACCCCCCCCCCCCCCCACCCCCCCCCCCCCCCACCCCCCCCCCCCCCCACCCCCCCCCCCCCCCACCCCCCCCCCCCCCCACCCCCCCCCCCCCCCACCCCCCCCCCCCCCCACCCCCCCCCCCCCCCACCCCCCCCCCCCCCCACCCCCCCCCCCCCCCACCCCCCCCCCCCCCCACCCCCCCCCCCCCCCACCCCCCCCCCCCCCCACCCCCCCCCCCCCCCACCCCCCCCCCCCCCCACCCCCCCCCCCCCCCACCCCCCCCCCCCCCCACCCCCCCCCCCCCCCACCCCCCCCCCCCCCCACCCCCCCCCCCCCCCACCCCCCCCCCCCCCCACCCCCCCCCCCCCCCACCCCCCCCCCCCCCCACCCCCCCCCCCCCCCACCCCCCCCCCCCCCCACCCCCCCCCCCCCCCACCCCCCCCCCCCCCCACCCCCCCCCCCCCCCACCCCCCCCCCCCCCCACCCCCCCCCCCCCCCACCCCCCCCCCCCCCCACCCCCCCCCCCCCCCACCCCCCCCCCCCCCCACCCCCCCCCCCCCCCACCCCCCCCCCCCCCCACCCCCCCCCCCCCCCACCCCCCCCCCCCCCCACCCCCCCCCCCCCCCACCCCCCCCCCCCCCCACCCCCCCCCCCCCCCACCCCCCCCCCCCCCCACCCCCCCCCCCCCCCACCCCCCCCCCCCCCCACCCCCCCCCCCCCCCACCCCCCCCCCCCCCCACCCCCCCCCCCCCCCACCCCCCCCCCCCCCCCUAACGGAGAUGGGGGGCUACUCCUUGGAGAUCAUCUCAAUCAAGCAGAGUGGGCAGUCUCUGGAUGAGACCCCAAAUUUUAGUGCCAGGCGUUUAAAGCACCCCCUGAUAGUCCUGAAAUUUCCCCACAUUCUGUUAGCUCUGUGA